AUGGCGCGGGCCAAGCUGCCGCGCUCACCGUCCGAGGGCAAGGCGGGUCCGGGGGAUACCCCAGCCGGCGCUGCAGCCCCCGAGGAACCUCACGGGCUCAGCCCUCUGCUGCCGGCCCGCGGCGGGGGCUCCGUAGGCAGCGACGUGGGCCAGAGGCUUCAUGUGGAGGAUUUCAGCCUGGACUCUUCCCUCUCUCAGGUUCAAGUGGAAUUCUAUGUCAAUGAGAACACCUGCAAAGAGCGGCUCAAGCUGUUCUUCAUCAAAAACCAAAGAUCCAGCCUGAGGAUCCGGCUGUUCAACUUCUCCCUCAAGCUGCUCACCUGCCUGCUGUACAUCGUCCGUGUCCUGCUCGACAACCCAGACCAGGGCAUCGGAUGCUGGGGCUGCACGAAGUAUAACUACACUUUCAAUGGCUCGUCCUCCGAGUUCCACUGGGCUCCCAUCCUGUGGGUGGAGAGGAAGAUGACUUUGUGGGUGAUUCAGGUCAUUGUGGCCACAAUAAGCUUCUUAGAGACCAUGCUCCUCAUUUACCUCAGCUACAAGGGCAACAUCUGGGAGCAGGUCUUCCACGUUCCUUUCGUCCUGGAGAUGAUCAACACGCUGCCCUUCAUCAUCACGGUCUUCUGGCCACCUCUUCGGAACCUGUUCAUCCCCGUGUUUCUCAACUGCUGGCUGGCCAAGCACGCGCUGGAGAACAUGAUCAAUGACUUCCACCGUGCCAUCCUGCGCACACAGUCAGCCAUGUUCAACCAGGUGCUCAUCCUCUUCUGUACCCUGCUAUGUCUCGUCUUCACGGGGACCUGUGGGAUCCAGCACCUGGAGCGGGCAGGUGGGAACUUGAACCUGCUGACUUCCUUCUACUUCUGCAUCGUCACUUUUUCAACUGUGGGCUUUGGUGACGUGACACCCAAGAUCUGGCCAUCCCAGCUGCUGGUGGUCAUCCUGAUCUGUGUGACCCUUGUGGUACUCCCGCUACAGUUUGAAGAGCUUGUCUACCUCUGGAUGGAACGGCAGAAGUCAGGGGGCAAUUACAGCCGCCACCGAGCACAGACGGAAAAGCACGUGGUCCUGUGUGUUAGCUCCCUCAAGAUUGACCUCCUCAUGGAUUUCCUGAAUGAGUUCUAUGCCCAUCCCCGGCUCCAGGACUACUACGUGGUCAUCCUGUGUCCCUCCGAAAUGGAUGUCCAGGUGCGCAGAGUACUGCAGAUUCCCCUGUGGUCCCAGCGGGUCAUCUACCUCCAGGGCUCUGCCCUCAAGGACCAGGACCUCAUGCGAGCCAAGAUGGACAAUGGAGAGGCCUGCUUUAUCCUCAGCAGCAGGAACGAGGUGGACCGCACAGCUGCGGAUCACCAGACCAUUCUUCGAGCCUGGGCUGUGAAGGACUUUGCCCCCAACUGUCCCCUCUACGUCCAGAUCCUCAAGCCCGAAAACAAGUUUCACGUCAAAUUUGCUGACCACGUGGUAUGCGAGGAGGAAUGCAAGUACGCCAUGCUGGCCCUGAACUGCAUCUGCCCGGCCACCUCCACCCUCAUCACCCUUCUGGUGCACACGUCCCGUGGCCAGGAAGGACAGGAAUCUCCAGAGCAGUGGCAACGCAUGUAUGGGCGCUGCUCGGGCAAUGAGGUGUACCACAUUCGCAUGGGCGACAGCAAAUUCUUCCGGGAGUACGAAGGCAAGAGCUUCACCUACGCAGCCUUCCACGCACACAAGAAGUAUGGCGUGUGUCUCAUCGGGAUGAAACGUGAGGACAACAAGAGUAUCCUGCUGAACCCGGGGCCACGGCACAUCCUGGCUGCCUCUGACACCUGCUUCUACAUCAACAUCACCAAGGAGGAGAACUCAGCCUUCAUCUUCAAGCAGGAGGAGAAGCAGAAGAGGCGGGGUCUUGCAGGGCAGGCACUGUACGAGGGGCCAUCCCGUCUGCCAGUGCAUAGCAUCAUUGCCUCUAUGGGGACAGUGGCCAUGGACCUGCAGAACACAGACUGCCGGCCCUCCCAGGGUGGCGGUGGUGGUGGUGGCAGCAGCGGCGGCAAGCUGACUCUGCCCACGGAGAAUGGCUCUGGUAGUCGGCGCCCCAGCAUUGCACCCGUCCUGGAGCUGGCAGACAGCUCAGCCCUGUUGCCCUGCGACCUGCUAAGUGACCAGUCAGAGGACGAGGUGACACCCUCAGAGGACGAGGGGCUCUCUGUGGUUGAGUAUGUGAAGGGCUACCCCCCCAACUCACCCUACAUUGGCAGCUCCCCGACCUUAUGCCACCUCCUGCCUGUGAAGGCUCCCUUCUGCUGCCUGCGGCUGGACAAGGGCUGCAAACACAACAGCUAUGAAGAUGCCAAGGCCUAUGGGUUCAAGAACAAGCUGAUCAUUGUCUCUGCUGAGACGGCGGGCAACGGGCUCUACAACUUCAUCGUGCCGCUGCGUGCCUACUAUCGGUCUCGCCGGGAACUUAACCCUAUCGUGCUGCUGCUUGACAACAAACCUGACCACCACUUCCUGGAGGCUAUCUGCUGCUUUCCCAUGGUCUACUACAUGGAGGGCUCCGUGGACAACCUGGACAGCCUGCUGCAGUGCGGAAUCAUCUAUGCCGACAACCUGGUGGUGGUGGACAAGGAGAGCACCAUGAGCGCCGAAGAGGACUACAUGGCAGAUGCCAAGACCAUUGUCAAUGUUCAGACCAUGUUCCGGCUCUUCCCCAGCCUCAGCAUCACCACAGAGCUUACCCACCCUUCCAACAUGCGGUUCAUGCAGUUCCGUGCCAAGGACAGCUACUCUCUGGCUCUUUCCAAACUGGAAAAGCAAGAACGGGAGAAUGGCUCCAACCUGGCCUUCAUGUUCCGCCUGCCAUUUGCUGCUGGUCGAGUAUUUAGUAUCAGCAUGUUGGAUACACUGCUCUACCAGUCCUUCGUGAAAGACUACAUGAUCACCAUCACCAGGCUGCUGCUGGGCCUUGACACGACCCCAGGCUCCGGCUACCUCUGCGCUAUGAAGGUAACCGAGGACGACCUGUGGAUCCGAACUUACGGCCGCCUCUUCCAGAAACUCUGCUCCUCCAGUGCCGAGAUCCCCAUCGGCAUCUACAGGACCGAGUGCCACGUCUUCUCCUCUGAGCCCCAUGACCUCAGAGCCCAGUCCCAGAUCUCAGUGAACAUGGAGGACCGCGAGGACACUCGGGAGGCCAAGGGGCCCUGGGGCACACGCACUGCCUCCGGCAGUGGCAGCACCCACGGCCGCCACGGGGGCAGUGCUGAUCCAGCGGAGCACCCCCUACUGCGCCGCAAGAGCCUCCAGUGGGCCCGCAAGCUGAGUCGAAAGAGCAGCAAGCAGGCGGGGAAGGCCCCUGCAGCCACAGAGUGGAUCACACAGCAGCGGCUCAGCCUCUACCGGCGCUCAGAGCGCCAGGAGCUCUCAGAGCUGGUCAAAAACCGGAUGAAACACCUGGGGCUGCCCACCACGGGCUACGAGGACGUAGCAAAUUUAACAGCCAGUGAUGUGAUGAAUCGGGUAAACCUGGGAUAUUUGCAAGACGAGAUGAACGACCAUCACCAGAACACCCUCUCCUAUGUACUCAUCAACCCCCCGCCAGACACGAGGCUGGAGCCCAAUGACAUUGUGUACCUCAUCCGCUCCGACCCCCUGGCCCACGUGGGCAGCAGCUCCCAGAGUCGGAAGAGCAGCUGCAGCAACAAGCUCUCAUCCUGUAAUCCUGAGACCCGGGAUGAGACACAGCUCUGA